AUGUGGAAUGCAGAUGAACUGAAACAAGAUAAACUGAGUCAAGGUAAACAGAAACAAGAUAAACUGGGUCAAGGUAAACAGAAACAAGAUAAACUGGGUCAAGAUAAACAGAAACAAGAUAAACUGGGUCAAGAUAAACAGAAACAAGAUAAACUGAGUCAAGGUAAACAGAAACAAGAUAAACUGGGUCAAGAUAAACAGAAACAAGAUAAACAGAAACAAGAUAAACUGGGUCAAGAUAAACAGAAACAAGAUAAACUGGGUCAAGAUAAACAGAAACAAGAUAAACUGGGUCAAGGUAAACAGAAACAAGAUAAACUGAGUCAAGAUAAACAGAAACAAGAUAAACUGGGUCAAGAUAAACAGAAACAAGAUAAACUGGGUCAAGAUAAACAGAAACAAGAUAAACUGAGUCAAGAUAAACAGAAACAAGAUAAACUGAGUCAAGGUAAACAGAAACAAGAUAAACUGAGACAAGUGAGGCAUUAA